CAGCUAAGGUUGAAGUAGAGAAUUGAAGAUUUAAGUAAGCAUUAGGAUGAUGGUAGAGCAGGAGAGCAAAUUGGGUGGUGGGGCUCGUGGUGGAAUCCGUAGGAACGACAAUGUCUGAGCGGCAGCCAAUCAUCAUCAUAUCCCAAAAAGAAGCCACUGUGCAGAUAACAUAUAUAUUAAUUACGCCAUGACAUGGCUGCUUAGCUUCCACCUUAUAUAUAGACCCAUUCAGUAGUCAGCCUCUACUAUUCACUCAAACAACAACCACAACAAGUAAUUAUAUAAUCAUAUAUCAUAAAAAAUACAGGAUUUUGAUCGAUCGAAAUGGACGGGAAGAAAUUGGAGUACAAAGGUGGAGAGGCAGUGAAGGAACUGGAGAGACUAACAAGAAAAGCAGGUGAAGUGCAAGAAGAAAUUUUGAGAAAAAUCUUGGCACAAAAUUGGGGUACUCAGUAUUUGAAUAAAUACUUGUACAUGGGCGGGGGUGGGGGUAUGGGGGAUGCAGUGUCUCAAUUCAAGAAGCGUGUCCCUGUUAUCACUUACAAGGAUAUUCGACCUUACAUUCUCAGAAUUGCUAGUGGGGAAGACUCCAAUCUCAUUACUGCCCACCCCAUCACUGAGAUAAUAUGCAGCUCCGGAACAUCGGCCGGAGAGCCCAAGUUGAUGCCGUCCAUCGCGGAGGAUCUUGAUCGCCGUACUUUCCUAUACAAUCUCAUCAUGCCUAUAAUGAACCAGCACGUCCCUGGGCUGGAUGAAGGCAAAGCCAUGUACCUCUACUUCGUGAAAGCAGAAAUGUCGACUCCAUGCGGCUUACCGGCUCGCACAGUGCUAACCAGCUACUAUAAGAGCGCCCACUUCAAGCACCGUCCCCACGAUCCCUUCAAUGAUUUCACCAGCCCCGAUGCCGCAAUUCUCUGCUACGACAGCGAUCAAAGCAUGUACUGUCAAUUACUCGCCGGCCUCAUCCACCGCCAACGCGUCCUCCGCCUGGGCGCCGUCUUCGCCUCCGCCCUCCUCCGCUCCAUCUCCUUCCUCGAGCGCCACUGGCGUGAUUUCUGCCAGGAUAUUCGCUCCGGGGAACUCAAUGAAGGAAUUACCGAUUCGGGGUGCAGGUCCGCCAUGUUGGAUCUUAUCGGACCGCUCGACCCUGAUCUGGCGGAGGAAAUCGAGGAUAUCUGCAGCCAGACGACGUCGUGGAAGGGGAUCAUAUGUAGGCUGUGGCCGAACGCCAAGUAUAUUGAGGCGGUGGUGACGGGGUCGAUGUCGCAGUACGUGCCGGCAUUGAAGUAUUACAGCGACGAUAAGCUGCCGUUGGUUUGUACGAUGUACGCAUCGUCGGAGUGUUAUUUCGGAGUCAAUGUGAAUCCGUUGUGCGAGCCGUCGGAGGUGUCGUUUACGCUGUUGCCGAAUAUGGGCUACUUCGAGUUUAUACCGUUGGGUGAAAACGGGUCGUUGUUUAUGGAUUUUGAAGAAGAAGAUGAAGAGGAAGAAGUGCCUCAGAGUAAGCUAGUGGAUCUCGUGCAUGUCAAAGUGGGUUGUUACUAUGAACUCGUCGUCACUACAUUUUCCGGAUUAAACCGGUACCGCAUUGGCGACGUGCUCCAAGUCACCGGAUUCCACAACCACGCGCCGCAAUUCCGAUUCAUCUGCCGCCGCAACGUCGUGCUCAGCAUCGACAACGACAAGACGAACGAAGAAGACCUCCACCGCAGCAUCACCGCCGCCGUGAAAAGGCUGCUGGAGCCCCGCCACGCUCUCCUCGUCGAGUACACCAGCUACGCCGACACCUCCUCCGUCCCCGGCCACUACGUCAUCUACUGGGAGAUCAACAACACAAUCCACCCCCAGGAGCCGCCAGUCUCCGCCGAAGCAGUGGAAGAGUGCUGCAUCGCGGUGGAGGAGGGGCUGGAUUACGUGUACCGGCGGUGCAGGACGAAUGAUAAGUCGGUGGGGCCACUGGAGAUCAGAGUGGUGAAGGCGGGGACUUUUGAGAAGCUGAUGGAUUUGUUCAUUGCUCAAGGUGGCGCGUCGAUUAAUCAGUACAAAACCCCAAGGUGUGUUAAGUCGAAAGCGGCUUUGAAGCUGCUCAAUGCUAACGUGAGCUCGUGCUAUUUUAGUCCCAGGUAUCCUGCCUGGGAUGCUUGAAAUUGGAGUGGAGAAAAUAAAGAAUUUACUUGAGGAUUUAAUGAGUUGAUUGCUGACUCCGAUCAAGGGAUCACGAUCUUGUCCGAGCCCAAUAUCGAAAUAACAAUUUUGCAUUUGAGAGUCUACA